AUGCCUCCCUCCUCGGCCGACCGCAGGGCCCGCCGUCGCCAAGACUACCCAUACAUCUUGGACUAUCGGACGCGCUGGAACGACAACGACAUGUACGACCACAUGAACAACUCGGUCUACAACUUCCUCUUCGACUCGGCCGUCAACGCCUACCUCGCCGAAUCCUGCUCCAUCCACCCGCCCACCUCCUCCCAACACCCCCUCGUUGCCCACACCCGCACCGACUACUUCCGCCCCAUCGCCUACCCGGCCGUCGCCGACGUCGCCCUGCGCGUCGCCCGCCUCGGCCGCUCCAGCGUCACCUACGAGCUCGCCCUGUUUGAGCGCGGCGCUGACGACGGCCCCCGCGCCGUCUGCGACUUUGUCCACGUCUUUGUCGACCGCAAGACGGGCCGUCCGGCUCCGGGCGGCAUGACGUUGGAGCUGCGCAGGGGCUUGGAGCGUAUCUGCACGCAGGCGCCGGGCGAUGAGCCGUCGAGCAAGAUUUGA